GAAACUCAAGUCUGAAUAACGAUUAGAACUCUUGGCCUUCUUUCUACCUUCAUUUUCCAUGUUUUUGGACAAUGCCCUACGUUGCAAAGCUGAUUGUGUUCUCGAGCGCUUUUUUGCUAUCAAGUAUUAUAUCAAGUUAUUUUGAUUCGUCAAAAAGAAAAUCUCCCGAUUUCAACACAGUUGCCAGCUACUGGUCACUUGAUUUUUAAGUUUAAACUCACGUUUUCGACCUUUUCUUUACUUUGACAACUCAGCUGCGAUAAAAUGGAAAGAGAAAAUCUCCUUUUUUCUUCGGACGAAGCUCGUUGUAGUGACGAAGAAGCUACACCAAGUCUGGCCGACUUGCAGCAGCAUAAGACAUCUAAAUUUCAAAAGAAAUGCGGGGGACGAAAUGUCGUCUUUCGGAGAAUUUUACCAUGGGUGUUACAUCUAGCCCUGCUAUCUACAUCACUGGGACUCCUUAUAAAGACUCUCCUCAUACAAAGGUCUUUACCUGCGAUUUGCGUAGAGGAUAGACUCCAAUGGACCAUCACCAUGGAUUCUGUUCCCGACACUCAUCACUUUGAGCGCUUGGUUGGUAAUUUCAAUCGAUCCUCAUCUCCUUACAAAGGGCCUCCAUCGCCAGCUGUUGAUGCCGCAUGGGCCGAGUUGACCGACUAUGGCGCAAUCAGCAUAUCAGAGGAGACUUUCGGGAAGUUAAAUGCUUCCAAAAAUGCCGUAAGGGUUCCAGCCGAAUAUGGAGGUGGCAGACUAGCUUUUGUGGAAGCUAUUCAUCAACUGCAUUGCUUGGAGUCACUGUGGCGACAUACAUAUCCAGCUUAUUAUAAAGAAGCCGCAAGAAAAAUCGAAAUAAAUGAUCAAGAGUGGCACGACCAUAUGGAUCACUGCGUGGAUAUGUUGCGUCAAAAAUUAAUGUGCGAUGCCGAUGUACAUCUGGUCACAUAUAACUGGCUGAAAGGCCACGAUGCUCCGCAUCCCAAUUUCAAUACGGCAAGGCAAUGUCGAAGUUUUGAAGCCGUCAAACAGUAUGUCAUGGACAAUGCCCUCGAUGGCUCUAACCUACCUAAAAUGUACUUUGAAAAGCCCAAGGACGGUUCUGUAAUGGAGUACGAGGAACCUCCAUACGAUCCUCUUGCCGAUGGAUGGCCAUCAAGCCACCACUAAAAGACUGCUGCGUACAUUCAGAUGUUCUUUUACUCUGAGAAGCACCGCGCACUUUCUGCUCUGUACAUAGCACUUUACCUUGGACGGUACGGACCGUUUGUGCAUGAAACCUUAGGUUCCACAGAUCUUUGCAAUCCUUGCGUGCUCGAACAGGGUGUUCGGAAUCUGCGUAUCCGUCAUUAGCGAUCCUCCUUCAAUAGGAAGCUGGAAUUGUCGGCACGAAUGGUCUGAGCUUUGGUGACAAUUUUGAUGGCUCGAGGAGUCGAGGGGCGCCAGAAUUUUGAUAACACCAUCUGCGGGCACCCAAUCAAG